UCAAAUUCCCAAACACAAAAACGCCUCUCUCAUUCUCUCUCUACAGCUGCGGCGGCGGCGGCGGCGGCGGCGGCAUUCGGCUGCGCUAUGCAUUGAAGACCUAGCCACAUAGGCCGGCUCUGCGCUACGCCGCGCCGCGUCGAAACGAGCGUUACGGAGCGUAGGGCUCUGUCUCUGUACGCUGCUGCAGCCCAAAUCUCAAUGGUCCAUAGAGAGAGAAGAAGAGGAAGAAGAAGACGAACCAGAGGAAAAAGAACGAAGAAGAAGAUGAAGAAACCAUUGAGUGCAUUUCACUCCUCGUAAUUGGCUUUCACGCUGAUCAUCACAAACGAAAAAGCAAAAAAGCAAAAAGAAGAUUAAAGCCUGCGCGAAUGAAUGAAUGCGAUUGUAGGAAGGAAGGAAGGAAGGAAGAAUCUGAUGAGUUUUGUGUAUUUAAAGUUUCUUUUGUAGCGUAGAAACCCUCUUUCUCUAAUCCCAACGAUUCCAAAUCGAUUCGAUUACUUCCAAUCCAAUCGACUUUUUCCUCAUUCUUCUUCUUCUUCAUAAUCUGUUUUUUUUUUCUCUUCUCUUUCUACGGGUCCUGAUUGAAAGUUAUGGAAAGCGACUGCUCGACGUGAUCGUUUUCCAACUCAAUCUUUUGCCUUUUUCUUGUCCUCUCUAAUCCGUAAGCUGUUAUUACUGCUGAUAACAGACAAGAUCUUGUGAUUCUGCGCAGUCACUGAGCUUCUCGAACUCGGUUUGCCUUUUUUCUUCCAUUCCCUCGCUGGAUUGUUGCUUUCUGUACCGGAGAUGUUGACGUGUAUAGCCUGUUCGAAGCAGCUCAACAAUGGAUCUCUGCACCAGCAGGAAGGAGAAGAUUCCAUUGCUACACCGAGGACUAAACAAACAAUCAAGGCUCUCACUGCUCAGAUCAAGGAUAUCGCUCUGAAAGCCUCCGGAGCUUACAAGAACUGCAAGCCAUGUUCAGGUUCGUCAAGUGAUAACCGCAAGUAUAAAUAUGCAGAAUCUGAUUCUGCAUCAGAUUCGGCCAGGUUUCAUUGUUCAUACAAGCGGACUGGGAGUUCAAAUUCCACGCCAAGGCAAUGGGGAAAGGAAAUGGAGGGCAGGUUGAAAGCUCUGUCAAGUGGGGAAGGAACUCCGGCUUCGGGAAGUGGACGAACUGAGAUUGUUUUCAUGGAAGAAGACGAACCCAAGGAAUGGGUUGCCCAAGUGGAGCCUGGCGUGCUUAUCACUUUCGUUUCAUUUCCACAGGGAGGAAACGAUCUCAAACGGAUUCGUUUCAGCCGCGAAUUGUUCAACAAAUGGCAAGCUCAGAGAUGGUGGGCUGAAAAUUAUGAGAAGGUUAUGGAAUUGUAUAAUGUGCAGCGGUUCAACAGCCAAGCUGUUCCCCUCCCACCAUCCCCACCACAGUCAGAAGACGAGGACUCGAAGAUUCAAUCAGCCAAGGACAGCCCUGCUACCCCACCUUUGACAAACGAGCGGCUUCCUCAAAACACAAAUCGACCAUUAGGAAACUCGUCUUCAGAAUCCUUCGAUCACCGUCCUAACCAACCCCCUCGUUGCUAUGAUUUAGGAGGUUUAGCUUCAUCCAUUAAACCUUCCACCACAAACGACGCAAAAACUGAGACAUCAUCUGCAGAUGGUUCUGUUAGGACCAGCGAGGGAGAUCAGUCAGAAGAUCUUUCUGUAAGUAAUGCUAGUGACUUGGAGACUGAAUGGAUUGAGGAGGAUGAACCUGGAGUAUACAUCACUAUCCGAGCUUUGCCAGGUGGCUCGAGGGAGCUGAGACGCAUUCGUUUCAGUCGAGAAAAGUUUGGCGAAAUGCAUGCAAGAUUAUGGUGGGAAGAGAACAGAGCAAGGAUACAAGAACAGUAUUUGUGAUGAGGGGUAACUAAACUGGAGUUGCAUUUCCUUUUCCUCAUUGCCAAAUGAUGUUUUAGUUGCAAAUUGUGGGUUUUUUUUAAUCUCUUUUCUUUUCUUUUCUUUUCUUUUCUUUUCUUUUCUUUUCUUUUCUCCUCUCUCUGCCCUUCUGUCUCUUUCAAUUUAGACUUCUCUAUGUGACUUGUGCCUCUCUUUCUCAGGUUGUUAGGAAUCAAAGGAUGUUGAAAGAUAUAACAUUGGUUAAGUUGGUGGUUUUAGGGAAAUGGUUUAGAAAAAAAAAAGAGAUGAUAGUGAGAUUAUUAACAGAAUCUAUACUGUUCCAUUCAAAUAUUCCAUGUUCUCCAUUUUGUGUCUCUCAUUUUAGAAAGAACUAAUGGUUGUUGGGUGGGAACUUUCAUUGGGCCCAUUAACCUCUCUUAUUUGAGCCCCGUUUUAGGCCCAAACUUCAGGCCAUCUUUAUUUGAGGCCCAUAUUAGGCCCAAACUUCAGGCCAUCUUCUUCACAACUCUUA